ACCGAUUAGGCACCGCUGUGACUAUUUUACGAACGCAGCUGAAUAUCUUUUCCCCACUACCAUCAAUCGGUACUAACGUGUUUACUUAAAUAACUCGAGCACGAAUUCGGAGCGAUAUUUCCUUAAGUUGCCACGAUAAAGGCACUCGAGACUGAUUUUAUUGACAUAAAUCUGACGAUUUUGUUAUAGGAUCAAAUGAGAGCCUGAUCUUUUCGUACGCUUUUGGUGAAGCGACUCGUAGCGAUGCGUUCCGUAACUGCCUGCAAUCUGCGGGAUAAAGCGGUAUCCGACCCGCUUCGCCUGUUAGUUUUCUAAUCAAGGGAGCACACUGGGCGCUGCUCCCCUCGAGUCGAGGGGACGUAAAUAAGAUUGAAAUUUUGCGGACGUAUUAAUCGAGCCGCGGUGUCACUGCGACCGUCACGAAAAGUAGAGCAAUUCUGUGAAAAAUGGGGCGCCGUUCGAUCAACACCACGAAAAGUGGGAAAUACAUGAAUCCCACUGAUCAAGCACGAAAGGAAGCGCGCAAGAAGGAAUUGAAAAAGAACAAAAAGCAACGGCAAUUGGUAAGAGCGGCCGUUUUGAAAGGCAAAGAUCCAGCGCAGAUCAUCGAAGAGAUGGAAAAGAUUGAUCAGAUGGAGUACAACGUGAUGCAGCCGCCCCCCUUGAACGAGAAGGUGUUGAAAGACAAGCGGAAGAAACUUAAGGAAACUUUAGACCGUGUCUUAAAAAUGUAUGCGAAGGACGAUCAAGAAAAGUGGGCGGAGCUGAAGGAGCAAUUGAUACAGUAUGAGCGUAGAAGGAUAGACUUGGUUUCCUACUUCGAAGCUGUACGGCACGCGCAGCAAGUGCAGGUGGACGAAAUACCGCUGCCGUCGGCUGCCAAUGACAUAUCCAGGAUGUACCCAGGUUCUUUAACGUCACAGAUUCCCUUGCCAGACAUGCCACAGCCACCCGCGCAUAUAUAUCCGCCUCACCCUCAUUAUAUAUCACAACACCAUACUAUAAUGAAUAUUCCUGUACCACCGAGUAUCUUGAAAAAGACUAGCGCGUAUGCGACCUCCCCAUCUAUGCCUACGUUGGCGCCGAAUAAAGAGCCGCCUGGUGUGCCGCCUUUCCCACCUCCGGAACUGUCCAGCGACGACGAAGACACGGUUGAAAAUGUAAAAGAUCCACCAGCGAAAUCGAGAACAAUACGAUUCGCCGACGACAAGGAGGACAAACAAGAGUUGGAGAGCAAGGAAAAAGACGCGGAAAAGGAGAAGGACAGAGAUAUGGCAAAAGUCAAACCGACCACGUUGCAGCAGAAAAUGUUGGCAAUGGCGGGGCAGGAUAUCGAUCAGUUCAUGCGAGAGAUGGAAGUCGUCCAUAAGAAGAGGGAGACCGAGCGCGCUCAAGAUCUGAACGCGCGACUGUCGCUGCUCGAGACGGAGAACGAGGCCAAUGCUAAGUCUAGCAAUAAUAAAUCUAGUAGCAAAGGGGAGGACGAGGAGAUAGAACCGCCUGGAGCAUCGGAGCAUCUCGCUGGUCACGGGCAGCACACGUCUCAUCCCCACGCCCAGCACGCGCAGCAACACGGCGCGAUGCCGCCGAUGGGCAUGCCGCCUCCGCCUCUGCUUUACAGACCACCUCCACCGCCGUUGCAUCUCAGAAUGCCACCGCCGCCGCCACCUCGUAUCGGACUACGAUUACCACCUGGUCCACCACCUGGAAUGCCGAGGAUACUGAGACCCGGGCCCCCGAGUAUACCUAGAAUGCCACUGCCGCAAAUGCAGAUGUCGAAUAUGUCGAAUAUAGCAAAUCCUCAAAUACAGCCGCAGUCUGGAACUGCUGCGCCGCCCAAGACACCUAACGUGCUUUCCGCCGCACCGCAGCUGAUCAACAGAAAGGACAAGGAUGGGAAAAGUACCACCACUAUCGAAGCGAAACCACAAAUUAGGAAUCUGGCUGCUGACGUUACGAGAUUUUUACCAACGUCUUUGCGCGUGAAGAGAGAUGAUAAAAAGAAAUCCAGUAAUGUCUCCAGGAUUACAGAAAGGUUACCGGAAGCGCAGCCGCUCAGAACGACGCAACCUAAGACGAAGGAUGAUGCGUAUAUGCAAUUUAUGCAAGAAAUGGAAGGAUUACUAUGAGCUUAGAAAAGUGUAUGCUUUACUUAACUGAAAUCAAUAUAUGAAUUUUAUACAAUGA